UGCUGCUGUUGUAUUGGUAGGGAGCACGGUGACCAGGACUGCAUUGGCUGCCUGUUUUUUUCUAAGAGUCCCAAACUAUACCGAGAUUUGGAAUAUUAGGUUACAGUCCUGCAAGGAAAAUGGCGACAGUCAUUCAUAAUCCUCUGAAAUCGCUGGGCGACCAGUUCUACAGGGAGGCCAUCGAACACUGCCGCAGCUACAAUGCCCGCCUCUGCGCCGAGCGGAGCGUGCGCAUGCCCUUCCUGGACUCACAGACAGGCGUGGCACAGAACAACUGUUACAUCUGGAUGGAGCCGCGCCACCGUCUACCAGGACAAGCUGCAGGACAGAUGUACACCUACCCGGCACGUUGUUGGAGAAAGAAACGGCGGCUGCACCCUCCCCUGGACCCCCAGCUCCGCUUGUGUGAGCUACGACUCGAAGCCGAGCUGGCCCCGAAGCGGGAGGGCCCCCCGGGGGAGGCCACGGCCCUGGAGGCCCUGCUGAGGGGGGACAGUCUGCUGGAGAAGACCAACAGCCUCACCACGGAGGAGGAGACCCUGCUGGAGAUACAGAGAGUUCUGGAGGCAGACGAGAACGGGGAUGGGUUCCAAGACGAAGACGACUUUGAGGUGGACACUCCAAAGAGGAAGAACAGGAACAGAAAGGGCAGAAGUUCCAGUCGCAAGAAGGCAGAAGCAGCUGCAACCGAAGACCAGGAUAAGCCUUACGUCUGCGACAAUAGACACAAACAAAAGCAUAACUCAAAAAGGGCCGAAGAAGUCUGCGGGAAGCGGUACAAGAACCGGCCCGGCCUCAGCUACCACUACACCCACACCCACCUGGCGGAGGAGGAAGGGGAGGAGGAGAAGGAGCCCGAGUUACCAGAGCCCUCGCCCCCCCGGCCCAGCAACCACAAACCCCAGAAGGCGGUGGACGGCAGCAUCAUCCCCAACGACUACUGUGACUUCUGUCUGGGGGACCAGGAGGGCAACCGCAAGACGGGCCAGGCUGAGGAGCUGGUGUCCUGCUCCGACUGCGGCCGCUCCGGUCACCCAACGUGUCUGCAGUUCACAGAGAACAUGAUGACGGCGGUGAAGACGUACCAGUGGCAGUGCAUCGAGUGCAAGUCCUGCAGCAUAUGUGGAACCUCAGAAAAUGACGACCAACUGCUGUUCUGUGACGACUGUGACCGGGGCUACCACAUGUACUGCCUGAAGCCGCCAAUGAACCAUCCUCCAGAAGGGAGCUGGAGCUGUCACGUGUGUUUGGAUCUGUUAAAGGACAAAGCUUCAGCCUACGAAGAACCAUAACAUCCCGGUUCUCUGUCUCUCACACACACACACACACACACACACACACACACACACACACACACACACACACACACACACACAAGCACAUGCACACACACACACACACACACACAUGACUUAGAGUGCAUUAACAGGCUCAGGGCCGUUUAAAGGGUUUCCUGUGUUAGGAGCAGAUAUUCUCUACCUCUAGUUUAUUCAAAGGAACAACACUUCUAGACCCAAAUGCAUAAAAUACAAAUACUACACACCCGACACACGAUCUACAGCUGGGCAACAGAGAGCCUGUGACUCCUCUACCUCGUCAUGUCCGACAAAACUGACAAAACUGUCAGAACAAGAUUGGUAUUGGUUUAUCGGUAUUAGCAUUGGCGAUAUAUUUUGGGCAAAUUACUUCCCCCGGUUUCGAGCCAAGCAGCACGUCCUCAGAUUGUCACUUGUUUUUAUAUUAUUAUGAUUUAUCAUGCAGACUUUCUUCCAGAAGAACUAUUGGAUCUUCCUUUGAGGCCGAUAAUGCCGUCGGUCACAUUUGUCAAGCUAAACUGUCAUUUAUUUGUAUUGCAGAGAUUGAUUUUUAGUACGACGCAUAAAGGUGACGUCUAAUGUAACAUGAAAAGAGAAAAUAUAUAUGUUUCAUGCAUUUCCGACAUAAUGCAAACUGUGUCCUCUUUCUGUCAUUGCUGUCAUCCAUCAACAACUCAAACCCCCUUUUUGGUUCAACUUUGCUCGUGGCUGUUUUUACAAAUUAUCCAAAUGAAAGAGUCUGUUAUAUGAAAAGAAUAUAUACAUUUUAGACCUGAGCCGUUUGCACUGCCAGACAGUCUUGGAAAAAAGUCUUUAUAUUAACAAAUGUGUAUGUAUUUGGUCAAAACAUUGGUUACACUCCUGAUUUCUUACAGAUAAUGAAUAGACUACAAAUUGCAUCAUGAAUAUAUGAAGACAAUGCACCCAGAAUAAGCUCUGUCAUCAUAGUAACAGAUAUAGUGCUUCCUACCAUACAUCCAUCCCCAAAUGUUUCUAUAAAACACAUGAUUGUUAAAUUGCUUAUAACCUUAACAGGACAUUUCAUUCUGUUACACUUUUGGUUGUGUUUUUAUUAUUUUUAUGUGAUCUUGCUUUUCCACAGACAAUCAUGACGUAGCAUAGAACCAUAAUGUUAAUAAUGUGAAAAGUUUUUAUUGUGCUUCUUUUAAUAUCAACUAUAAUGAUUUCUUUAUUUACCCAUUUUUUGUAAAUGUUUUUGAUGUCCUUCGUAUUUGAUGCCAGCAGUGAUUCAACGUCAUACAAUUGUAGUUUGUUAAUGUUAACGUUUCGUUGUUUUGUGAAAAUUAAAGAAUUUUCCACAGAUCUUA